AUGCAGGGUGUCCGAAUCUUUAGCUGUAACAUUGAACAACAUGUAGUUACUUUGAUGGUCAAAGAUGUGUCAACAAACACAUUGCUUGCCAAGAAAACAGGAACCUUUUAUUCCCAACUGUUUCAGUACAAAAGUGUGGGGUUCUAUGGCAUCAACGUCUUGUUUGGUGAACCAGUAACUCUAGAGAAGGAUACUAAUUACCUGGUCACCAGUUCCUUGUCUGGUUCAUGUUCAUGGCGUGGGGAGAAUGCUUUGGAGUAUGUCCAUUGUUCUGGAAUAACAUUUAGAUUCAACAAAGUGACAAAUGAGCAAUUCCCUGAAAUUCUUUUUACCCUAGAGUAA